UAUACCCAAGAGAAAGCAAGCAAGGAUAUCGCAGAUAUGAAAGCUCGUAAAAAUGAACUUGGAAAGAAUCUGAACACAAGAGCGAUGAAUGUGCUCUCACAAGUGGAAGAGCAGGUUAUGGGUCUACAACAAAAGAAAAAGCAAAUCGCUAUCGAUCGUCAGAAGCUGCUAGACACUAUAGCUCUUCUCGAUAAGAAGAAAACACGAGAGAUACACAAAGCUCAUGAACAAGUGAACAGGGAUUUCGGGAACAUCUUUUCUACACUGUUACCUGGUGCCACCGCAAAAGUCGAACCCCCUCCUGGAAAAACGGUGGAGGACGGAUUAGAGGUGAAAGUAGCGUUUAACGGGAAAUGGAAGGAUUCUCUGCAAGAAUUAUCUGGAGGUAUCUUAUCUAGAGAUUGCUUUUUCGAAUUUGGAACACCUUCAAUUUUUUUCAUCGCUGUAGGAUUAGAAAGGGCUUGGGUUUUGUGCGAUAUCCUUCUUUUUGUCUAUAUCAGAAAAGCAGUGCUAUCAGACUGA